AUGAAUUCUCUUUUCAAGCGUAUACAAAAAAUUUAUGAUGAUUCAUCCUCAAACUCGUCCUCUGAGGAUGAGUUUGAAGAUCUUUUAUUUUUGGAGUAUGAAAGAAAACGAUUCGAGCGAGGAUCAACAUCACGUACCGGUUCUCAUCGACAACGUUCGGUCAUUAAUCGUAAUCGACUGCAAGGUCAUGAACGCAUUUUUAACGAUUAUUUUGCAAAAUCACCAGUCUAUAAUGAUGCUAUGUUUAGAAGGAGAUUUCGCAUGAAUCGAGCUCUAUUUCUUCGCAUUCAAUCCGCAAUAGAAAUGCAUGAACCAUAUUUUCAACAACGAAGAGAUGCAGCCGGUAGACUGGGGUUAUCUUCUCUUCAAAAGAUAACUGCAGCGUUGAGGAUUCUUUCUUCCGGAGUUGCUGCAGAUUUCAUGGAUGAAUAUGUAAGAAUUUCAGAAAGUACUGCUAUUGAGAGUGUGAAAUAUUUUGCAAAAGCAGAUAUUUCUAUCUUUGGUCCUGAGUAUUUGAGGUCUCCCAACAGCAAUGAUAUUGAACUACUACUAGCAUUAAACAAAACUCGUGGAUUUCCUGGGAUGCUAGGAAGUAUAGAUUGUAUGCAUUGGAAGUGGAAGAAUUGUCCGACUGCUUGGAAAGGUAUGUACACUGGACAUUGUCAUGAACCAACAAUUAUUUUAGAAGUCGUUGCAUCAUAUGAUCUAUGGAUAUGGCAUGCAUUUUUUGGACUACCAGGGUCCCAUAACGACAUCAAUGUGUUAGAACGAUCCCAUGUUUUUUCUGAACUAACUCAAGGGCGUGCCCCUAUAGUUAAUUAUUCAAUCAAUGGUCAUAACUAUACAAUGGGAUACUACCUAGCUGAUGGUAUAUAUCCUUCCUGGGCUACGUUCGUGAAAUCGAUCCCGCUACCACAAACUAUGAAGACCAAACAUUUUGCAAGGUGUCAAGAAGGUGUCAGAAAAGAUGUGGAACGUGCAUUUGGAGUGCUACAAUCUCGAUUCGCAAUUGUACGUGGACCUGCUCGUUACUUUGAGACAGAAACACUUAAAUAG